AUGGUGGUGCUCCAAGGACCCCGCCGCCACCGCCACUGCCCCCGCUGAUGCCACUACCCGCUCCGGGUCCCUGGCAAACCCACCGCUUUUCCCCUCCUCCCAGCGCCCGCGCUGCCCGCCCUGGGCCCGCUGUCGCAGGUGCGACAGUACCACCACCCCAGCUGUGAGGCUGCCAUCAACACCCACAUCAGCCUGGAGCUCCACGCAUCCUAUGUGUACCUGUCCAUGGCCUUCUACUUCGACCAGGACGACGUGGCCCUGGAGCACUUUGACCGCUACUUCCUGUGCCAGUCGCAGGAGAAAAGGGAGCAUGGCCAGGAGCUGAUGAGCCUGCAGAACCUGCGCGGUGGCCGCAUCUGCCUUCAUGACAUCAGGAAGCCAGAGGGCCAAGGCUGGGAGAGCGGGCUCAAGGCCAUGGAGUGCACCUUCCACCUGGAGAAGAACAUCAACCAGAGCCUCCUGGAGCUGCACCAGCGGGCCAAGGAGAAUGGCGACCCCCAGCUCUGCGACUUCCUGGAGAACCACUUCCUGAACCAGCAGGCCAAGGAGAAUGGCGACCCCCAGCUCUGCAACUUCCUGGAGAACCACUUCCUGAACCAGCAGGCCAAGACCAUCAAAGAGCUGGGUGGCUACCUGAGCAACCUGCGCAAGAUGGGGGCCCUGGAAGCAGGCCUGGCAGAGUACCUCUUUAACAAGCUCACCCUGGGCCGCAGCCAGAAACACACCUGAGCC